CCCAGCACGCAUCCUAUACGAAUUCAUGUCCUUGCCCUCGUUGUCAACACAGCCUGCAGAUGGCCCUGUGACGAGAAGGUGAUGGCUUAUUCUUCAUCCAUUGAUACGGUGUUGGUAGCCGCCAGAGUAGUUCUCAUGCUGUGCAACGUGAGUCUGACACGAGAAGGAGCAUGACAUCGCGGGGUAAUAACAAUGCGAUCUCACCAAUUCACAUCCAAAUCAACAUCCCAUAGAUCCAACAGCCAUGGCUUUCAACUCUUCUGGAACCAUCACAGUGCAGCAUAUCACGACUCCGGACGCGCUCAACACACUCUGUCGAAGCUGCGAUGGCUUACCAAACGGUCCAAAAGACCCCGCAUCCCUCUAUCUCUCUCACAAUACUCGGAGUCUGACCAUUUACAUUGCUCCACUGCGCGUAGUCAACGUGAUAAGCUUUCCAUACCUGAUCAAGGCCUUUGGCCAAGAGGAGAUGGGCGCGUCUGCACUGAAAAGCCUUCUCGAGACCAAUGCGGCGACCAAGGUUUUUUUCGAUGCACGUGAGACAGCGAAGAUUCUCUUCGACAGCUGUAGCAUCAAGCUGGCUCUUCCGCUCUACGUCAAACGAGCACACGUCCACGAGGUGCAAAUGAUGGAGGUUGCAUUGCGCCCGAACGAUAACGAACGUGAGUGGCUGCUAGGACUUGACGAAUGCAUUGCACGGGACUCAAGCCUCGACAUCGAUUCGCUCAUGCCAGAUGACCUUGGUAGAGUCAAGGGCUUCGAUAAGAGGACUCUGCACUUGCCAUUUCUGUGGAAGAAGUACCAUGACCGUUUACUUGACACAGGCUUUCAGGGAGGAGCGUUUUGGACGGCCCAAAUUCGCGAAGCGACGCGAAAGCGAUUGGCAGUGGCGUGUGGUGACUACCACGCUGGAUAUAAUGGCAACAAUGCCUGGAGCACCUGGGAUGAGGAUAGCAUCGAAGAGCAGACUGAUGCCUGGAACGACGGGGUUGGGGACGACGACCUUAGGGGCAUUGCGGGCCCUGCGGGGCAUUGUCUGUGAGGCUGCGUGCGAACAGUAGGACCUAGAGUGGCAGAGAAACUCAAGGGUCCACGAGUGCUUUCUGUAUAGUUCAGGGCCUUUGCAAGUGAGCUGUCAUGUUGUGUGAUAAGGCGUAGUAAUUGACACACGACCUUCAAGCCGAC